AGCUCAGACCGUGGUGCUUCUUUUCGAAAGGGGAAGGGAGCCCACGCUGAUUUCUUGAGGGAAUCGCGCACCCGUUUUAGCUUUAUUAGAACUGCUGAUGGCAAAGCCGGAUGCUUUGAAAGCGAAACUUCAUGCCUCGUUGAUAUACCUGGAAUCACAUGACGUCUUAUCUACCCAAGAUCAUUGUCCCUCAUUUUGUUGACCUUGACGGCACUAUUGGACUCAAACUGUGUUCGAUACACAGCUGUCGCCCGCAUCUCAUUUUUGUAGGACGCGAGGGUAACUUGCUCUAGAGAAACUAUAAUUCCCAGAAAGCUAUUUUCCAAGGUACCCUGCGCCGAGCCGGUGCGCAUGCGUGUUUGUCCCCUGACUUGACCUAGAAGAGAAGAUGGCAGCCGCCGUGGGGUUGUCUCAAAAGGUGCGGCAUUUCAGCACCUCUUUGGUCAGGCCAGCAUCAAAGUUGGUGCGGCCGCCAAUCCAAGUGUACGGACUGGAAGGCCGAUAUGCCACUGCACUCUAUUCUGCUGCUUCUAAGCAGAAGAAGCUGGAUCAGAUUGAAAAAGAGCUGAGUCGAGUGUCGGCACUUAUCAGGGACCCUAAAUUGUCUGGUGUUGUCAUGAACCCUCACAUAAAGGGCACAGUAAAGCAAAAAACUGUGAAUGAUGCUUUAGUGAAAGAGAAACUGUCUCCUAUCACUGUCAACUUUGUCAAUGUGCUUGCUGAAAAUGGUCGCUUACGUUACACUCCAGGUGUAAUUUCUGCAUUUGGUAAGAUCAUGAGUGCGCAUCGUGGAGAAGUGCUAUGUUCUGUUACCACUGCCCAGCCCUUGGAUGAGGCCAGUCUUACUGAAUUGAAAACAGCUUUGAAUGGCUUCUUGGCUAAAGGAGAAAUACUGAAACUGGAAGUCAAGACUGACCCAUCAAUCUUGGGAGGAAUGAUUGUCAGUAUUGGGGAUAAAUACGUGGACAUGUCUACAAAGUCCAAGGUUCAAAAACUGACCAAGAUAAUGAAAGAGGCUGUCUAGUGUUCAUCACAAAAUGUUUUCCCAUUCAAUGUAAGGAAAAAUUAAUAAAGAUAAUUAUUUAAAAAAUGGUUAUUUCAAUGGAACUUAAUUGGUACUUGGAAAAGAUCAGUAUUUCAUUAAAGCAAAUCCCAGUAUCUAACCAGUGUUCCACCAGCUUUCCACAGUUAAGAAGACACGUCUGGCCAUCAGUCUCUGUUUUUGAUAUGAUUUCCUUUACUAUUCCCCUCCCCCCAAAUUAAACCCAAACAAAUGGUGACCAUAUGUCCCUGAGCAAGAAUGACACACAAAUUCGUGGUGACCUUAUAAACUGUUAUUCCUGUAUGCUAAUUUGCUGCUCAUUCUCUACCUAUAUGUAUAGACUGGUAAAUUCCAUUUCAGUGUAUCUGAAGAAUUGUGCAUGAGAGUCAGUUUGGUGUAGUGAUUAGGAAUAAAGACUCUGAUCUUGGAGAACUGGGUUUGAUUCCAUGCUCCUCCACAUGCAGCUGCUGGGGUGACCUUAGGUCAGUCACAAGUCUUCUCAAAGCUGUUCUCUCAAGAGCAGCUCUCAAAAGACCUCUUCCAACUCCACCUACCUCACAUGGUGUCUGUUGUAGGGAGGGCAAAGGAAAGGAGAUUGUAAACUGCUUUGAGACCAAGUGAAGGGUGGGUAAUAAAUCCAAUCUCCUCUUCUUAAUCCUUUAAUAAAACUUUGUUGGUCUUAAAGGUGCUACAGGAAUCAAACUUUGUUGCAUUGUGUAAUUCAGCUAUUGGAUGGGAUUUACAGGGGCAGAGAUGUGGACAGCACAUUUCAUAGUGAGCAGAAAUGGUUCUACAAGUCCUGCUCAAUUAUUUUUUAAUUCAUAAAGGAUAUAAUUAAUGGUGGCAUCCUGCAUUUUUUGCUGCUUGCACUAAUGGACAAAUUUAUAAGGCACUGUCCAUGGAACAGGUGUACACUGGUGCAGUAUUAUUUAGUGAAAGUGUGAUUUCUCUUAAAAUGCACAAUCACCACCAACCCAUCAACUGUGAAAGUGUUUUCUUAGGGCACAACAUUAAGAACUACCAGUCUACUUUGUAAAUAACGAACAUUUGCAUACAUUUUACAAGAUGUUUCAGACUUUAGGGGAGGACAGUGUGUGGCAUGAUAUAUACACUGCUUCCUAUACCAUGAUCUCUGGCUAGGCAAAAGAUUUGUGAACUGAUGAGGAGGAGGAGGGGGAAGCCUUGGGGUAUGGAGGAAGCGCACAAUGCAGUAAUUGGUGUGGGCCUGAACCGCCACAUUUAUGGCCACUGACUGGAAAGCUGGGAUAAUUGAUCUUUUUUAUUGGCUCCAAAGGGAAACAGUGAUUUAGAUCUGACAGAGUGACUUUUUAAAAAAAACUCUACCAAAGAGUUGUGAAAUUUGUCAGCCUGUGCUCAGGAUGCUGGCUUGUACCUAUAUUGUGAUUUUAGUUUCUUUUGCCAUAUUAUUUUUGAACAAAACACAGCUACAUACACCUUUACAAGCCUUUAGUAAAAAGUAGGACAGCCAUAGAAGGUUAGAGUAAUGACAUUUAAUAUUGUUUUUCCACCAAUAGAAGUAUUUGUACCUUUUCCCCUCUACAAUGUGUUAUUUUCAUAUACAUUAUAUUUCAUAAAAUGUACUGAUAUGGAAAAAAGGAAAACAUGGGUUUUGUUCUAUUUACAUACUUUAAUUCAAACAUUAUAUAACAACAUUGAAAAAUAGAAACUUAAAUUCAUUUUAAAUUGUUUUUCAGCCAGUCAAUUGUAUGCCUGUAAGUUAAACUUCCUCUAAAACUUGGUCAGUCAAAAGUUUCUAACUGAAGUGUGUCUCUGUUCAAAAGAAUACAUAAGUAUGUCAUUUCUCAUACAAAAUUCUACACUAUCUUAAAUAAAUAAUAAAGCAAUUAAAAGUA